GGGUGAAGUAUCGAUUGUACAGUUGGCACAUCCAAAUCUUCCCGACCAGUAUCUACCAAUAGAAGGAGACAGAAUAUAAAACCCUAAUCGUGGGGCAGGUCCAUUCCACAUUCCUCCGAAGCAUUCUACCAACUUCCGUACUCGAGAGACGAAGAAGAUAAGAACUUUCAAGACCUUCAUACGGCAGCAGGCUGCCUCGAGUAAUGCCUUUGAAGAGCAUGUAAACCCCUUUGUAACGAGCAGAAUAGGAUUGUUUGAAUGCAUUCAUAAAUUCCAUGUCUGUGAAGCAGUCUGCUCUUUGUGUUUUGAUAGAAAAGCGAUGGUGUCGACCCCCGCUCCUGAUCGGUUGUCAAAAUUGUCCAAGCUUUUCCGGCCAGUUCGUCAUUUCAUAGUAGCGAAGUACUGUAGCGUCAGAACAAAGGAACACAUUUUGCCCAACCAUUCUCUUUCCUCAAAAGUUGUCCCACAACACAAAUAACAAUAAGCUCCUCGAAAUUUGCACUCGCAAAAGCCGCAUACAUCUCAACAAUCCUCAGAAAGCCUUCGCAGCACACAUCUUGCAAAAUGUCGUUCCAAGACAAAGUCCAGGGAACCAUCGCCCAAAUUGAUAAGGAACUCUCCAAAUACCCAACCUUGAACAACCUCGAGAAGCAAAGCAACGUUCCUAAGGUAUAUGCUUUCUUGGGUGUCAUUGCAUUCUACUUCUUUUUCAUCUUCUUCAACAUCGGAGGCCAGCUCCUCACCAACCUUGCGGGAUUUGCUCUUCCAGGGUACUACUCUUUGGACGCUUUGUUCAGUGCUGGAAGGGCGGACGACACUCAAUGGCUCACGUACUGGGUUGUCUUUGCUUUCUUGACUGUAUUUGAAAGCAUCUUCACCGUUGUUUACUGGUUCCCUUUCUACUACACCUUCAAGUUCAUUCUCGUUUUGUGGCUGGCACUCCCAAUCACCAGCGGUGCCCAAAUCGUAUUCCGCUCCGUCAUUUCACCAGUCUUCUCCAGAUACUUCUCUGGAGCUUCCAAGGUCAGCGCUGCCACAGACAAGUCCUUGUAAUGGACCAACAAGCGUGGACCACUAUCGUGCUGCCGAAUUCAUUCAUCUAAGCAAUAUAUGGGCGGAAUAGCGGGAACAUGCGUAAAGCUACAAAUGAAGAGUGUAGGUGUCAGACUAUAGGGGGGUGGUGUCUUGAGCCGUGGACGUUGAAGGUGGAGUCGCAAAUGCCAACCAUGAUGCUGGGGAAUAUUGCAACGAAUUUCUUAUCAUAUAUGGGAUAGUCCAGGGGCUCUGUUGAUAUGACCUGAGAUUUACCAAGAUUCUCGUGAUUCUUUUUUGAUGCAGAUUAAUAGGAUAUAUGAUAGAGGACGUUAUCGUUGACUAGUUUAUUUAGUUGGUAUAUAUGAUAUGACAAUGAGGAGAUGAGAUUGAUAAGAUUCGUGCUUCACAAUCAUCUGGGAAUGCUCAGAGACAAAUCUGUAAUCUGUAUUUUCGCUCUUGGGAGCUUUGUUUUGUACGCCGUCGUGACUGCCAUAAAUGCCAUA